AUACAAAGUAGAGUGUCCGGAAUUUGAAGCUGUCCGUAAUAUGAAUUGAAACGGUAGGUAAGAAAUGAGAUGUUAAGGCCUUAAAUCAAUCAAAGCAGCCCAGGCAGUCGUUUUUUUUUUGUUUUACGUGAAUGUCAAUCCAGAAAGACUUUUUCAUACGAUCGUGACGAUGGCCGGUACAAUGGACGAAUUGUUGAAAGAGCUCAACUAUGAUUUUAACUAUCUGCUGCACGAGGUACGGACAAGCUCGAGACAUCUGAAACUGGAAAGCCGCCGCACUGUGGAAGCAUGGAUCCAGAAGCUGUCGGCCACCAAUCAAUCGAUGGAGGAAGUUCGGCUGAGGAACGAUUUCCUCUUCUACUUGGCAAGGAGCUGCGAAGAGGGAACUCUCUUGCCACCGUUCGACCAGAGGCCACCUACUGGCUAUGUUCUAAAUUCGUCACAUUUGAUGCCGAUUUUAGGUACCGAAAUGACCGCUUCCACCAGUAGCAAACCGAUCUACGAGGCUUACUCGGGACCAUCAAGCUCAGGAUCGCAGUCACAAAAGGCCGAACUGUUCAAACGAUCGCCGGAUGGAGGAGCAUUUUUGGUUUCGCAACCUGUACCACGAUGUGGCGCUUUCUGCUAUCUUGCCGUCGUUAGCAAACAACCCAAAUAGGACAAACACACUUACCUGGCCGUGCCUUUGGCAAUCUUUAUCCGGUCGUCGAUCAUCAACGUGGGAACGGCGCUGCUUUUCGGAAAUAGUUUCAUAUCUAACGAUCCACCGGGCAUAUACUGGUACACCAAACAAGGUUCGCCAUCUGAAAUUGAUACGUUGAAUCGAAACAUUGUAUAAUUUAAUAAACUGUUUUAUCGUACUUUUA